AUGGAGAUUGAUCAGCCAACAAUUCAACAGAAAGCCGGGUAUUUUACACGUGCAUGGAGCUGGUUCAAGGCCAUGCCUGGUGAGGCCAAGGCCAAGGCUAUAAAAGUUGCAAAGAGUACCAAAAAACUUGGAGAAGAUGACCCAAGAAGAGUCAUUCACUCCCUAAAAGUGGGAUUAGCUCUCACAUUCGUGUCCUUCUUCUAUUAUUCUAGACCUCUAUAUGAUGGUUUUGGGGUGUCAGGGAUGUGGGCUGUGUUAACUGUGGCUGUAAUCUUUGAGUUUACAGUAGGUGGAACUUUGAGCAAGGGUUUGCAGAGAGGCUUGGCAACAUUACUUGCCGGUGCGCUAGGGUUCGGAGCAUCGAACUUGGCCAGUCUUUUUGGAAGAAAAGGACAGCCCAUUGUCCUUGGAAUCCUUGUCUUCGUAUUAGCGGCAGCGUCUACAUUCACACGGUUCUUCCCACGAAUCAAGGCAAGAUAUGACUAUGGAUUCGUGAUAUUUAUACUAACAUUCAGUUUAGUAACUGUUUCGGGGUAUCGAGUUGAAAAACUCUUAGUCCUGGCACAUCAAAGGUUGUCAACAGUACUCGUAGGUGGAGCGACCUGCAUACUUUUAUCGUUCAUUUUUCCAGUUUGGGCCGGUGAGGAUCUUCAUAAGUUGGUCGCUUCCAAUGUAGAAAAGCUUGCAAAAUACCUAGAAGGUUUUGAAGGUGAAUUUUUCCAGCCUUCAGAGGAUGGAAGAAAUGUUAAGGCCUCCAACACUGAUAAAUCAUUUCUUCAAGGAUAUAAAAAAGUCCUAAACUCAAAAUCCACUGAAGAAUCCAUGGCAAAUCUAGCAAGAUGGGAACCUAGACAUGGCCGUUUUGGUUUCCGGCAUCCAUGGAAACAAUACCUGAUCAUUGGAUCCCUCUCACGUCAAUGUGCUUACCAGAUUGAAGCUCUUGAUGCCUGCAUCAACUCUCAUAACCAAGUACCACUGAAAUUCCGACGCAAAAUCCAAGGACCGUGUACAAGGAUGAGUAUAGAAUGCAGCAUGGCGCUGAAAUCAUUGGCCUCAGCUAUCAAAACAAUGACUCUUCCAUCUUCAGCAAAUGUCCAUGUGGAGAACUCGAAAAAUGCCAUCAAGGAUCUCAAAAUUGCUAUUAAAACUGUCUCAUUGGACCAGGAUAAAGACCUUUUAGCAAUUGUACCAGCUGCAACAGUUGCUUCAAUAAUAAUUGAGAUUGUUAAAUGCGUGGAAAAUUUAUCUGAAUCAGUGCACGAGCUCUCUAAUCUAGCACACUUCAAGAGUGUGGAACCGACUGUGUCCCUAGAGAAACCGCAGUUGCAUCACCGGGGAAGCAUAAAACCUGUUUUAGAAGGUGAUGCUGAUUGUGUUGUUAUUGCAAUAGACGGGAAGUCUGCGGAUUCACCAGAAAGUGAGAAUACUCAAGGUCCAAUGCCUGGUCAGCGUCUGGAGGUGUAA